AUGGAAUCUGAAGGUUCAUUCUCAACAAGUAAAUUGACACUCUCGAAAUAUUUGCAAUCUUGUCCUAAAGCCUUUGAUUACAGGUUUACAGAAGGUGCACAACAGAAAAUAUUAGAAUAUUUAUUUUCAGAGUUCUGGAUAUCUAAUGAAGAAUAUAGAGCUUUAUUUUUUCCAAAUGGGUUCGGAGAAGGUCCUGACGCAUAUAAAUUAAGUUUGGUUCAAGGGGACGAGUACUCUUCAACACAAAAGGGAAGCGCUUGUGGUCAUGUAUUUAGGAAGGGUGAAGGUGUAUAUCGUUGCAGAAAUUGUGCACUCGACGAUACAUGCGUAUUUUGUUCUCGUUGUUUUCAUGCCACUAAUCAUGAGGGACACGAUGUCUCAUUCUCUAUAAAUACCGGAUCUGGUGGAUGUUGUGACUGUGGUGAUCCAGAGGCUUGGAAAAAACCUAUUAAUUGUUGUUACCAUUCAUCAGAUUCAAUUCAAAAAUCUAAAGAUAUAAAUCAAGAUGAACAAAUUCCCCUCGAUCUCCUUAAUUCAAUUCACAAUACUAUUUGUACAGUCCUUGAUUUCAUGUUAAAUACUUUAUCUGUUUCUCCUGAAGAAAUUACUCCACCACCUAAUGAACAAGAAGUAAAACAAGAAGCAGAAUAUGUUGGUCGUAUAAUUAAUGAUACCGAUGAUGAUAUAGAAGAAGAAAAGUUAUUUGCUAUUAUUCUUUGGAAUGAUGAACAUCAUUCUUUUCAAGAUGUAAUUGAUCAAGUAGUUGAAGCUACUUCAUGUACAAAAGAAGAUGCAAGAAGAUUGGCUGAAAGAAUAGAUUCAUAUGGAAGAGAUAUUGUUGAAUUAUCUGAAGACAUUCCUCGUCUUCUCAAUAUAGCGCGAACUAUUUCAUCUAUAGGAUUAGCUGUUACCGUGAGAUCCGCGCGUGAUACUUUCCGUGAAGGGAUGUGUGGUCUUUUCAUAGAUUGGUUAAAGGAUCUUGUAGGAGGAAAAAUAGGAAAAAAUUGUAACUUAUUAAGAGAUAUUAUUUGUGAAGAACUUUGCAAAGAAUGGAAAAAACGUCCAGCAAAAUCUUCCAAGACUAAUAUUCGUGAUUCUAAUAGGAUUUGGCAAGAUGUAUUUAUAGAUGAUGAAAAAUAUUAUCAAACGGAGAAUGAGGAAAUGAUUGAAGAUGAAGUUAUGGCUAUUAUAGAACAAGAAAGUGAUAUUCAAAUCGAAGAUGACAAUUCUAAUGAUUAUAAUCAAUCAACCGAAUAUAAUGGUGAUUAUGAUAUUUCAAUGGAAGUCGAAUCAAAUGAUAUUAUAGAACCUAUGGAAGAAGAUGAAUCAAUAUAUCGCGGAACUAUGUUAAUGCAGACAAUUGAAGAUUUUAAAAAGAAAUUACGUUUAGAUAAAUUGUUACUUUUAGAUUUGAGACUUUGGAAAGAAGCUAGAGCUGGUCUCCGAGAAUUAUAUAUUGGAACUUUGGUCGUCAAUAGAGAAUAUAAAAAGAUUAUGGGUAUUCGAUUUGCUCGCAAUUAUAUAAAACUUGCUAAAGCAUUUCUUACUCCUGAUCGCGAGCCGGAGCAUUCGAUAGUGCUUUUUUCAGUUCAACUUUUCACCGUACCCACAAUUUCUUCAAUUCUUAUCACAGAAUAUAGUUUCCUUUCAACAAUAUUUGCAAUACUUCAUACAUUUUUUACUUCGAACACAGUGGGAGGAGUUAUCAAUCCCCACGCCAAAAUUGAUUGUGAUUCGGAUAGUUUUAAAAAUCGACGAUAUUUUCACGUCUUUCAAGAUUUUCGUUACAUUAUCAGCAAUGAACAUGUAAAGAAGGUUGUCCAAAAAUAUCCUUGUUAUCUAACACAAUAUCUCAAUCUUAUUAGUUUAUUUCAAGGAAUGAAUCCUAAUGUGCGAGCCACACAACAACACGUGGAAUAUGAAAAUGAUAGUUGGGUCAAUGCUUUCAACGUUACUUUACAAAUUGCCAAGAGUUGUCGAUUAUUUUCAGAUUGUUAUGCUGUAAAUACUGAAACCCUUUCAAAUACCAUUCGUACUGUUUUACGAAGACUUUACGAAUGGUGCGCAAGGCGGGAUGAGGAUGAAGAAGAAACUGAUAAAAUGGAUGAAACGAGUGAUGAACAACAAAAGGAAUCAAUCCUUUCUGAAUGGGAAACUUCCACACCUGGAUCAUAUGGACCAUUUGCCAGAAGUUCUAAAUUUUCGGAUGAUGGAAAUGAAGAUAAAGAUAAUAAUUCUCCCUCAUUAAGAGAACCGGAAUUUCAUGAUAUAAUUUUCCCUAAAAAUCCUUAUUACCUUUCAUUUAGGGUUGUUAAAUUCGAGGUGUCUUCACAACGUGUUAGUUUUCAUCAUCCCUUGCACUGGUUUUUGGCAGAACUUUUGGAGCAUGUUGAAUUAUUAGAUGAUGAUAUGUUAUUUCAACAUGGGUUGGGUAAUAAUUUUAAAAACAUGAUAAUGAGAUUCUGUGUAAAAAAUGAAGAAGAGUUAGAUGCUGUGGUUCAAAAAGCGAGAGAAAAAAUUUUGAGCGUUUUUGAUUAUCCUUUGAGAGUAUUGGUCUUAUUGGUGCAGAUUCGUGCUGGAUUAUGGGUUAGGAAUGGUUUCGGAAUACGUGGACAAGGACAUCAUUAUCGAGAAGUAUCACUUCGAGAAAAUACUUAUGAUGAAGAUAUCUUUCUUAUUCAGACUGCUUUCGUUAUUUUAGAUCCAAACUUAGUUCUCGCUACCAUUUUAGAUCGAUUUGAUCUUGUUGAUUGGUUUAACGGCAUAUCUACUCACAAAAUUUAUGAUAAUACUCAACUUAUUUUUAUUUCUGAAGAAUUACUUACUCUUUUAAUUAUUUGUGUAAGUGAGCGAGCAAAUGCGGCUGGAUUAAGUGUUGAACAAGAAAUUAGACGUGAAAUUAUUCAUGGAUUAUGUUUAGGAUCUUUACCAUAUUCUGAAUUAUCAAAACGUAUUCCUGAUCGUCUUACUCAAGAUUCAAGAUUUGAUGGAAUAUUAUAUCAACUUUCUAACUAUCGAUCUCCUGACACUCCUACUGAUCAUGGAAUUUAUGAACUUAAAGAUGAAUACUUUGAAGAAGUAGAUCCUUACUUUGUACAUUAUUCACGUAAUAAUCGUGAGGAAGCAGAGGAGGCAUUGAAAAAUCGAUUAAAGAAAAUGGAUAAUUCAGAUAAACAAAUCGUACCAUUGAUUAUUCCAAAAUUAAUUCCAAUUACUAAAGGACCUUAUGUCCGAUUAGGUAAUCUUUUGCACGCACGAUUAUUGAAUCAAAUUAUUUAUUAUACUUUGUGGCAUGUGAAAACUGAUGAAAAGAUAAAGUCAGAUACAUUAGUGGAAGAAGCACUUCAUUUGAUUAUGUUGGCUCUAUUGGAUGAAAAUAAUGAUAUAGCUCAAGAGAGUAAACGAAAAGGCAAACAAAAAGUGGUUGAUGGAUAUGAAUUAACGACACAUAAUAAUGAUGGUAUUCCCGGAUUUAUGUACUACGCGGUUUGUGAUUGUUUCCCUGAUGUCGGAACCGGAACAAAUGCUAUGAAAACUCAAGGAACAAAUUUAUUAGAUUUAUUAUUACAAUUAUCUAAUGAUGCUAAUUUUAAAGAAUUUCAUACUACAAUAGAAUUUAUAAUAAAUAAAUUUGAACAGUUAGGUAGUGUUAGUGCAAAAUUAGCUAUCGAGAAAUAUCGAGAAAAAAUACGUGUCGCGUUACAAUCAAAAAUUGGACAAGAAAAUGAAUUGUCAGAAUAUGAACGUAAGAAACAGGCAGCAAAGGAAAGGCAAAGAAAAAUUAUGGAACAAUUUGCGAUAGCUCAAAAAAGUUUCAUAGAUAAACAUGAAGAAUUAUAUGAAGAAUAUGAUGAAAUGGAUCAAGAUUGGGAAAUAACUUCUGGUGAAGAUCACUUGAGCGAUGACAAAUCAAAAUCUCCCGAAGUACUUUGGUCAUAUCCCACAGGAACUUGUAUAGUUUGUCAGGAAGAAACCAAUGCUUUAUCUCUUUAUGGAAUGUUGGGAUUAAUUCAACCUUCUAAAUUAUUGCGACGAACACCAUUUGAAGAAAGUGAUUAUGUUUUUGAAGUCAUUAAUUUACCGGAAAAUUUGGACAAGAAAUAUGAUCGCUCUUUUCCAUAUGGUGUCGCAUCAUCGGUUUAUGAAGCUGAGGAGUCAAAAGGAAAUAAUUCUAAUACACCAACACGUCCUUUAUUGAGUAAGGGUUUUCCAUCCAAUUCUUGUCGUGCCGGACUUUAUGCAUCAACUUGUGGUCAUUUAAUGCACGUAAAAUGUUUUGAUACAUAUUUUACGUCAUUGGAACAGAGACACCAUAUGCAAUUAGCAAGGAAUCAUCCCGAAGAUGUUAAGCGUAAAGAAUUCAUGUGUCCCUUGUGUAAAAGUUUGGGUAACGUUAUAUUCCCAAUUAUUUGGAAAACAAAGAAAGAAACAUAUCCUGGAAUUUUAAAGACUCAAGAAGAUUUUGAAACCUGGGCAUGUGAUAAGAUUGGUCCUGGUUUAGAUAAAGUGAAUUCAAAUGUACAUUCAAAUGUACAUUCAAUUUCUUCUUCAGGAUCAAACAAUAUGUCAUUAACUAGUAAUAAUGAAUACCGUUUCUCAUCACCUUAUAAUUCAGGAACAUUUGGCGCAGUACGAGAAUUAGCCAGUAAUAAUUUACCUAUGAAUCUUGCUCAAGUAGCUAUAAAUCAACCUAGACGACGUAAUAGUAGUGGAGCAGGUAGAAUUCGAGAUGCUCUUGCACAAAUUGUUCAUAUGUUAAGAACACCUGCAGCAGCUCAAAAUACUGAAGAAGGUGUUGUUCCUACUGUAACCCUUGAUGAUUUUCCAACACUUUCAGUUGCAUCCUCUAAUACUACUACAACAACGAAUAGAAGUGGUGGUGAAUUAGGAACAUCAGAUGACGACGAUCAAGAGACGAUACGUAAAAUAUACAAUCGAUUUUAUGAAUUAAUACAAAUGUAUAGUCGAGCAGCACCUGAAAUUACUUUUCAAACGGUAUCAAUCAAGUCAGUUGAAUAUAUGUGGGAUUUAUUUGGAUAUACGAUAUCAUGUAUUGAAAUAAGUCAACGAGGUUUUGAUAAUAUAAAUAAUGAAGGAAUUAAGGGGAAGACAUUAAUUGAUAGUAUAAAUACUCAAACAUUAACAUUACUUAGAAUUUUAUCCGAGACAAUACUUACAUAUAUUAAUACGAUGUUAAUUGGUCAACUAUCAGGACCAGUAGUUGAUUCAUCAAGAAAGAUUAAUGGAAUAUUUGGACCAAGUUUUCAAUUUACCAAAGUAAAACCGUUAUUAUUAGAAGAUCCAUUUUUAUUAUUGGUUGAAAUUAGUAUGUUUACCGCCACAGCUGCCGAAUAUGAAAUACAUCAUAUGAUGCGUUUAUUGUUUAUCACGGAAAUAGUGAAAUCAAUAAUUUCAGUAAUUGAAUCAAUAUUUAAUGAAAAAACCAAAUUAUGGAAAGAUGAUAAACGUAUAGAAAGAAAGAUAGAACAAGCCUUCUUUGAAUCAAAAGUGUCACGAGAAUUCAUUAUAUGGUUAUUAAAACAAGUUGGUCAUGAGGAAAGAGAUAUAGAUAAAUUUUUAAAUGAAUUUGAAGAGAAGAAAUUUUGGAAAAUGAUUCGAUCAUUCUGUUUACCAUAUUUAAGGAAAAGUAUUAUUCUAUUACAUUCAAGAUAUGGAGUAGUAUUUCCAAUCACAACAACCAAGACAACAGAAAUACCAUUAUCGAGUAACCAAGAAUCACAAGAAUCAGAAGAAUCAGAAUUUUCAAGGUUAAGUAAAUUACUUGGUCUUCCUAAAUUAGAAGAAGUAUGUACGACGUCAAGUGAUUCUACGUUGAAAUCGAUAAUUUCAGGAUGGUGUAAUCAUUUAUAUACUAUUAGACAAGAAAUAUUACCACCACAUAAUCAAACUAAUGAUGUUCAUGAAGAUCAAGGAUUUUUAGUAUCAAGUGGAAUUAAUUUUCGAAAUAAAUGGAAUCAAAUAGAAGUUAGGGUUAAUCAACCUACAAUAUUUGAAUUGGUAGGAUUACCUAAACGAUUAGAUGCAUUAUUUGAAGAAAGUCUUAAGAAAGUUUGUAAAAAAUGUAAGACAGUACCUCAUGAUCCAGCAUUAUGUUUAUUAUGUGGAACAUUUGUAUGUAGUCAAAGUUAUUGUUGUCAAGAAAAUGAACGAGGAGAAUGGAUUUAUUUGUUAGUUAAAAAAUGUGUAAUACUUUUAUUACAUCUUGAUAAUGGAUGUUUUAUGAGUGCGCCAUAUCUUGAUAUACACGGAGAAGCUGAUUUAGGAUUAAAACGUGGUCGACAACAAUUUCUUAGUCAAAAACGUUAUGAUGAAAUUCGUAAAUUAUGGUUAACUCAUGGAGUACCAAUACAUGUGGCAAGAAAGAUUGAACAAACAUUUGAUUUAGGAGGUUGGCCCACUAUGUAG